AUGACGACAGGUAGGCAAAUGACGCUCCCGCUGCAUCGGCUCUACCAACCGGCUGAGGCGAACAUUGCCACGACCUACACCACACACCAAUACAGGACUGACCCGCAGGACCACCUGGAACAGACGUUUGCAUUUAAACAGAAGAAACUGGGAGACAGCGCCGAAGGACGCAAAGCCUACUACGAUCAAAAGGAGUCUCACAACGAACUCCAGGUUGGAGACCAGCCGGACCAAUACCGCUCGCGGUCCCAGCGCACCCGCGAGUCUCAACUGUGGCCCGCUACGGUGCGCCCUAUCGAUUACAAUGUCCCGCAGCAAACCCAGGACCUCUGGAAUCCACUUCUGAAAGACCCUCUUUGA